GCCCACCGUCGCCGCCUGUAUUGCCACAGCGACAACUGUGAUUAUUGCUUCUCUUCUGUGUAACGUUAGCCGCACUCACUGUACCGUCUUGCUGGUGUUUAACUUUCGCGGUCACGUCUCUCGCCCUUGGAGCUGAGCGAAGCAUGGGUAGGAAGCGUGGAUCAUAAACACGGACAUUAAACAAAGCAAUGGAACAAAAACUGAACAGUUGAGGUGCUGGUGGAGUUCGACUACGAGGCCCAGGCGGAUGACGAGCUGACCCUGCACGUGGGCGACAUCGUCACCGCCGUGCGCAAGGACAGCGGAGGCUGGUGGGAGGGCGACCUGCACGGCCGCCGUGGCGUCUUUCCCGACAACUUUGUCAAGGAACUCAAGAGGGAGGACAGCGGCAAGAAGGAGGGCACGCUGACCCGGCACGGCGAGAAGACCGGCAACGUGGCAAACUUGGUGAACCGCAUGAGCGUCGUGGGUCUGCCCGUCGGCAUGCAAACCAUGCCCAAAACGUCUCGUCGCGGCUUGAGCGAGAAGGUGCGCAAGCGGCGCUGCCAGGUGGCCUUCAGCUACGUGGCGCAGAACGACGAUGAGCUGGACCUGGCUGUGGGCGACGUGGUGGACAUCAUCAAGGAGGUGGAGGAGGGCUGGUGGGAGGGCUCUCACAACGGACGCACCGGCGUCUUCCCCUCCAACUUCGUGAAGGAGGUGACGGAGGAGAGCGCCGAGCAGGAGAACGGCGAGUCGCCACCGCCCGCCGAGACCUCCGACUCCACCGACUCCAGCCAGAGGGACGGUGGCGGUGGAGUGGAGGGUGGCGGCGCCGGCGAGAUCCAGCCGUCGAAGAAGCUCCGCGGCUUCGGCUUCGGGGACAUCUUCAAGGAGGGCAACGUGAAGCUGCGUCCCCGCGCCGCCGAGGACAGCGCCGACGGCGCAGACUGCAGCAAGGCGGCCGACAGGUCCAAUUUCCCCGGAAGCCACUCUUCCCUGACGAAGAAGAAGCAAGCGCCGGUGCCCAUCGUGGACCCCGCCUCCAAGCCCGAGCCUGAGGCCCGGCACAAAGCUCGGGAAUAUUGCAAAGCGUUGUUCUCGUACGAAGCGCAGAACAAUGACGAGCUCUCGCUCAAGGAGGGCGAGCUGGUCGAGAUCAUCGCCAAGGAUUGCGGGGACGCGGGCUGGUGGGAGGGGGAGGUGAACGGGAAGAGAGGCGUCUUCCCCGACAACUUUGUCAAGCUUCUGCCCGCCGAGGUGGAGAAAGAGCAGCAGCGCUCAUCACCUAAAUUCCUCAGCAAACCUUCACUGAGAGUUGCCGAGGAUAAGCCCAAAAAGCCGCCUCCUCCAGCCACCCUCGUGAAGGUGAACCUAGGAGACAAGAAGGAUGUCCGCAAGGUCGUUCCAGACAAGCCUGAACGGCCCGAGCUCCCCUUCAAGCAGGAGGAGAAGGACGAGAGGCACCCGGACAUCCCCGCCAAGCCGGCUGCUCCGGCCAUCCCCCCCAAGCCGGCGGCUCCCAAGGGCCCGGCCAUCGCCCGCAUCGGCUCCGGCGUGGGUCCCAAGCGGCCGGAGAAGCCCUCCACGCCCGUCUCCCCCGUGAGGCCUACGGGUGACUUCGUAGGAUUCUCCCACCCCAAGCUGGUUGAGCUGGACUCGUCCGACAAGAGCACAGACAGCGAGCUGGUGGGGUUCGACGUGGUGGUGCCCUCUCCCGAGAAGCUCAAUCACCCGACCACCAACCGGCCCAAGCACAAAGGCCGCCGGCCACCCAGCCAGUUCCCUGGCAAUGUCUUGUGGGAAAUGGAGAGCCCGUCGGCGGAUGGCGCCGUGUCCCGCUCGGACUCGGGCGAGGAAGCAGAAGAUAAGCAGCACCGCACCCCCGAGCAGCCGAACUCGUCGCAAACGGACGGCGGGCGUCCCAUUAGCAAGAUGCUGGAACCAAAGAAGAAGCCGCUGCUGGGCCUGGGCGGGACGACGGCGACGCCCGUGACUCCUCCAGCGUCGCAGGGGUCGCAGGGGGCGAGCGGAGGGGCGUCGUCCCCGCUUUCGCGACCCCUGUCGGCCAUCGUGAGCGAGGCGCUCAGUUCGCGGAGACAGCCGCCGUCCGGCGCGGAGCCACAAGGCGGCGGUGGCGGUGGCGGCGGCGGCGGCGGCGGCGGCGGAGACGACCUGCAGGCGCAGGUGCGAGAGCUUCGCGAAGCCAUGGAGGCCAUGAAGAUUCAGCACAAGAGAGAGAUAUCGCAGCUGGUCAGCGAGCUGGAGGAGGAGAAGAAGCGGAGAGUGCAGCUUCAGGUGGAGGUGGAGAGGAUAAAAAAGCAGCUGCUGGUGAAGUGAGCGAGCCCACUUUGGAGGAAGAUCGACCGGACGAGAGGACCAGGGCACGGCCGAAGAGAACGAGUGUGACAAAAAAAAGAUAUAUCUUUAUUUUUUGUUUUGUUUUUAUUAAUAUCGGACGUCAGCGAAUUUAAGUUCAUAUUUUUGUUUUAAUUUUGUGAAUAUCUUUGUUUUCUCAAUCAAAGCUUGGUGACAUGGGGAGAUCUGAUUUCUAUAUAUGUACAAGUAUAUAAAUAUAUAUCUGGGUCUGGUGUAACCUUUUUCUGGGUUUAGAUGCAUAUUGUUACUGGAAUUUUCACUGUAAAUAAUCCCUGCCAUUGUGAGCCAAAAUGGCCUUAAGAUAUGAACCUAUGCUGCACCGCUGACUUGAAUUUUGCACUGUGCGCGCGCGCGUCUCUCUCACAAAGCAGGGUCAGGAAUUGGUUGAGUCAGGAAAAUUACACGAACCGCAUCAUCACAGUCUUCUGUGUCUCUCUCUCUCCCCAGCCAGAGCCCCGCCCGCCCGCUCUUAAUUUCUCUUGAGAAACUCGGUGUGCUCAGCACUGUUGCUGUCACCUCUUGUCCAGUCAGCCAGCCAGCCAGCCGCCCACCCCACCUCUGCUCUUACUUCUUGCGGUCCAAGCAGCUUUCCUGUAGCUAGUCGGCACCCCUGCGUUCGUCUCCUAGGUCGCAGCGGUAUCCUUUCCAUCCGCGGUGCUUGGCGUUCGCCGUGAAUGUGUCGACGUAUAUUCUUCGGUGGCGGUUUCUAUAUUUUUUUCGAGCUCCCGUGUUAAGGUUGGCCGAAAGUGGCUCACGAGCCGGGCGUGGGAGUUUAUUUUACAAGACGGAGACGACCACCACCGUCGUCGGUCGAGGUCGCCGCUACGGGUUUUGAAAGCGCUGAAUGGCACUGGGACGUCGCGAGGAGACGAGUUACGAGUCCACUUGUGUGCGCCGUGCGUGCGUGUCUAUGCUCUUAAAUUUUCACGUCUUCUAAAACACAAACUCCUGUCACUCGAGCGUCUAAUGAUCUAUUUAAUGGUAUUUUAAUAAAAACAACAGAAGGAAUCUAUAAACGAUGCCAAAUUAACGUUGCAAAGUAACAUCGACUGCAUGAGAAUAUUUGUGACGUGCGGGGAUUGCUAUCGCGGCGUAGCCUACGUUUGAACUUUAGGGCCUCAUUUUAGGUCUCGAGCAAACACUGGAGCAGUUGUGAACGUCAGUACGAUGAGGAUGCGACUUUAUAUUAAAGUGCUUCAGCCUGUAUAGACUGCUAUGACAGUACGGUAUUUGUUAGCGCAUUAAAGGAAUUGUGAAUUGCACCAUCAUGACCUUUCGUGCAAGUCGCCUUUGCAUCCUACUUGGAAGAAAACAGUCAACUGUCAUCCCUAAAUACAAGGCCACGUUUUCUGUCCAAGUUUGCUAUUCCUGAUAGCUUGUGUAACUCCUGGUGAUUUCUUUUUUAAUAUCUCACCGCCGAUUGGUCACCCUGUACUCCCGCGCAUGUGUUCACGGUUGUGCCGUACAGCUCUCCGAUUGGUUUUUACCGUUUGACCGCACGUUGUCGGGCGUUUCGGGCUUUCGCUCCCGGUUAGCUUCUUCGCUGUAGUUCCUGAAAAACGUUCUCAGCUCGUCGAGCAGAACGUCGGACAUCGUGCCAAAAAUAGCAUGCGGCAACAACCCAACAGCACAUCGGAGAGCCGCAUUUCGCUAAUCUGUAGCACGGAGAGAGGGAGAGAGAAAGGGGGCAGCAUUGCGCCAUGUUGAGCCAUCCAGUUCACUUGGGCCAGAUUCCCAAUUUGCCAAACGGCCGAUGCACCUCACCGUUACAAUUUGACCGAGUGUGUUGUUGGCAAUGGAGACAUCGGCACUUUAUUGGGCACCAUUUGGAUGAGAGGGGACAUUGGGUUAGCGGGCGAAUCGGACCUGUGGCGCAAUAAUAAUAAUAAUAAUGAUGUCGGUGUGAAGAGGUUGUGUCUUGUAUGAUAGCCGUUUUGUUGAUAUGAGGUUGGGUGAUGGUGCCCCAUUGGCUCUUGGUGUGCACUCUUAUUCUCACGUUGCUGUAACUCGGAUCCACCUCCUCUCCCGGUUGCUUCAGGAUCGUCCUCUUGUUGAGACAGCAGUACUGGGAAAUCUCGUUAAGUCUUCCCGAGACUUUAAAAGUCCCGGUUUUGUUGUUGUUAGUUCCUUUAUAGUAAUGAUACACCGCUCGAGACAAUGCAUCUACGCGUGAUAUUGUGAGAUAUUCUUCCCAUGACAUGUCCCAGGUUUGUGUACCUCAGAUGUGGGGGGGGGCGACCCUUACUGGAACACGAACGCCACCAGACACGAAACAUCGCCGAGCCGCUGGGAAUCAUCAGCGGUCGGUGUUGUCGUUAAUGUUCGGUGCAAUUUGUUGGAACGAUGAACAUUCCUUUGCACGAUCCUUUUACAUUCUCGUUUCUCAUCUUCGCUUUUCAGUGGUUGGCGCUGGGGAGGGAGGGGGUGGUGGCUUCACAUAUAUAUAUUUUUUAUCGGACGUGGUGGCAGAGUUGGUUAGCAAAUUGCACAGUCAAGCUGGCAAUCUGAGUAUUGAUUUCAUGGCCAAUGGCUAACAUCGGUGGUGAGUGAUAAGAACCAGCCCUGGGCCAAACUUCACCAACCUGCAUUGGUUGUUCCAGCGUGGUGAAGUAUGGUCAAACACGCUCACGACUAAAGCGCAUUGGGGGAGGGCUGUCAUGGCAGCAAUAGAUUGUCGAAGUGCUGGCAGUUAUUCCCAGUGCAUACGAAUAUUGUUCAUUAUGAAUGUUCACCAUUUUGGCUCAAACAAUAUGUUCCGAGUCUGGGAUGUUACCAGUUGCAAUGAAAUGCUUCCUCUAAAAAUAUACAAACUGUUUUAGAAAAACGUUAAAUAACAAUAGCGGUGUUGUAAUUGACAGCAAACCGGACUCAAUGACGCAAAAAAAACCUCGGCUAUUUAAUUUGCAUCGGAGGUCUGGACGUAACUUUAGCAGAAGGUGUAGAAAAUCCCCUCCCUCACUGCGUCGCUCCACUUAACAAAAAACGAAUCGCCUGCAAUGUUGGCCUUUAAACCACAGUCAAGUCUUUUCUAGCCAGAAUAUCGUCCCAUCGUCCACCCACCGUGCCCUCACAUCAAUGCGUGCAUGUUAACGAGCGGCGUGGCCGCUGUGUCGCUGGCUCCCCACACCGUAGGUCGGCGCUAGAGACUCGUAAGGCGCCGGGCACUUCGAGCAAUGACAAAGGGUGGGU